GACGAAUAGAUUUUUCUUUUUUUGAAAAGAAAUUUCAUCGGAGUUUCAUUUCCUUGGAAAAGGUGCAUAACGCUGUGCGCCACCAAAAAAUGGCGUUCACCAACUCAUCAAACGAUAACAAUAAGACCAGCAAUGAUGAGCGAGUUUCCAUCGAAGCCGCCAAUGAAACAACACCGCUUCUAGCCGCCUCUCCCGUAGCAGUAGCAAGCGAUUCAGUCGUCGCUGAAGCUAUCAUCGAGGAAAAUGAAUCGCAUCGGCCUUUGCUACAGAAGCCUGAAGAUAAGCCAUUGCCCAAGCUGCAAAUUUUCUUGCUCUGCUAUGCGCGACUCAUUGAGCCUAUUGCGUUCUUCUCUAUUUUCCCGUACAUCAAUCAAAUGGUACAGGAAAAUGGACACUUGGAAGAAGCAGACGUAGGCUUCUAUGCCGGACUUAUCGAGUCCCUUUUCUCCCUCACCCAAAUGCUUGUGAUGCUGGCUUGGGGCCGUGCGGCCGACCGCUGGGGACGCAAACCAGUCCUCGUGUCAUCAUUGGUCGGCAUCGCCAUUUCCACCUCACUUUUCGGACUUGCGCACUCCAUAUGGCAGAUGAUAGUCCUGCGAUGCCUUGCCGGUAUAUUCGCAGGCACCGUCGUCACCAUUCGUACUAUGCUCGCCGAGCAUAGUACCCCACACACUCAGGCCCGCGCUUUUAGCUGGUUCGCAUUCAGCGGCAAUAUGGGCCUGUUUUUGGGACCUUUAGUCGGUGGCGCUCUAGCUGAUCCCGCGCAUCAAUACUCCGGGACAUUCGGGGGUAUACCGUUCUUUGAGAAAUACCCCUACGCUCUAUCUUCCAUCGUGGUCGGAUGUAUAGGUUUAACAGCCGUAGCCAGCAGCGCGCUCUUCCUGGAAGAAACGCUGCACAAGAGUAAAGUCCCCAAACCAAACACUACUAACCCCGACAGCGAAGUAGAAGCCGGCGCACCCACCGAACCAGCGUUAUCUUCCACCCUAGACCUCCUCAAAGCUCCAGGCGUCGGCAUCGUACUAUACAACUACGGCCACGCCAUGCUCUUGGGUUUCGCCUACACAGCCAUCGUCAACGUAUUCUGGUUCACGAACCCCAAACUCGGCGGCUUCGGUUUUAGCUCCCUUCAAAUCUCACUCUUCAUGGGUCUAACCGGUCUCUCGCAAGCGAUCUGGCUCCUCGUCCUCUUCCCGCCACUUCAACACCGUUUCGGCACCAACGGCGUCCUACGUGCCUGCGGUAUCGCAUACCCAUUCUUCAUGGUCAUCAUGCCUUUCCUGAAUCUAAUCUUAUACCAAGGAACCCGCGCAACAGAAAUUGUAUUCUUCAUUCUCGCCCCAAUUCUCGUGAUCCUCGGCUCAGGCGUUAGCAUGGCGUUUACCGGUGUUCAACUCGCGCUUAACGAUGUAUCGCCAUCACCUAUGACACUCGGUACUCUUAAUGCCCUGGCACUUACCAUUACAAGUGGCCUGCGUGCUUUUUGCCCCGUAUUGUUUGCGAGUCUUUUCGCCGUUAGUGUAAAGAAGCAGCUACUUUUCGGUUAUCUCAUCUGGCUUGUCUUGGCUAUUAUUGCUGUUGGUUUCACUGUCUCGACACGGUUUUUACCUGCUGCUAGCGAGAAGGAUUACGAUCGCGUGGUUGAAGAAGACGACGAUGAGAAUUAACAGGAGGCAAACGAGAAUAUUUGAAUGAAGCAAUUUUGGAGGGUUGAAAAAUAGUUAUGUAAAUUUUGCUGUAGCACAUAAAUCAUUGAACCGAAAUAUGUGACAGCUACCUGGGUAGUCUUGUUUUGAUUGUAGGUUGGAUACGAGAUGACUAAGUGGCAGCGACCGACGAAUGUUAUGCGACGACUACAAUGGAAGAGUAGA